UUUUCAGCUGGAUGGCAACAGAUACAUGAAGUCCACGUGAAAAAGAGUCACUUCAAGCAUCUACUUUUUAGCUUAGGCAGCCCACCACUGUACCAGGUGCGAGCUGUAAAGCACCACAAGCAACCUUUACAUCACGAUAUUACCCGUACGUUUUCGUACAGAAUAUAUGACACGGAAGUGGUUUUAAAUGCACUGACAGAACAAGAGAUUGUAAGGAUCCAGACUUCGGCAGCAUUUAGGUAUGGUGCACAAGUCAAUUUUCAACGUUUCACAAGUACAGAGGAAGCAGUCGAGGCAGCCAAACAAAGAGCAUUUUCGCGCUUUACGACUCGUGUUCAAAGUGAGCAACAAACACCAACAAGCCGUUCGGAAAUUGUUGUAAAUGCUGGAGAAGGUAGAUCAACAAGAGAAUUGGAGUUAGUAUGGUGGCCUGAUGUGUUUCGAAAUUGCAGAGACUACGGAAAAUUAACAGUGCGUCUGUUUGUUUCAACGACAACGUUUAAACGCUAA